AUGCCUGAUUCUGCAACUGGCCAGAAGCGAAGAAGGGCGGAAUCCGAUGCCCAAAUCAGCGCAGACCCCAGCCCCUCUACCGCAAGAACACGAGACGCUGAGUUUUGGUUCGAGGACGGAAACGUCAUCCUCGUUGCACACAGCUGCGAGUUUCGCGUAUUCAAAGGAGUUCUAGCCCACCACUCUCCCAUUUUCAGGGACAUGUUCUCCCUUCCUCAAUCUGUCCUUCCCGCGCAAUCAACAAGCUCGCGUGUAGUGACCGAGGCCGUCGAUUCGUGUCCAGUCGUCCACUUGAGCGACUCGCCCGAGGACCUGAGGCAUGUACUGCGUCUAUGCUUGCCCAGGAGCGACUCGAGGUGGUUCAUCUCGUUCGCUGCAGACAAUCUCCCCUUCGACAUGGUCUCUGCCAUCAUCCGCCUCGGCCACAAGUACCAGAUCCAGCCCAUGGUCACACAAGGCGUGCAGUACCUGAAGCGCUGGUUUACCGACGACCUCGACACCUGGGCCGCCGGGAAACUCUACAAGCAUAACUGCCCUAUCAAGAGGGAGCAGGCGAUUGGCGUCGUCAAUAUCGCACGCCUCGUCGACGAGCCCUCGCUUCUCCCCACCGCCCUCCUCAUGUGCUGCUCGCUCAACGAACGUAUCGUACUGGGGUACACGCGCGAGGACGGCACGCAGGAGACACUCACACUCGACGACAUCGGGCGCUGCUGCGUCGCGCGUGCACGCAUAGUGGAGCGCAUGGUCGUCCUGGCCAUGCAGAUUUUCAAGCCCAGCGUGGAAGACUCGGCCGCGUGUACCACGCCGCAGAAAUGCAAGCGGGUGCUGCAGGAGAUGCUGUUGGACGUGGGCGAGAACGUGGAGUAUUUCGCGGGCCCCGAUAUCUUCGGGUCGUGGCUGGAGUUGUGUGAGGAUCUAGAGCCAGUGAAGUGUUGCGCGAGCUGCCGCGAUAUGCUGAAGACGCGGGAUAGGGAGGAGCGGCUUGAGGUGUGGUGGAAGCUGCCAAAAUACAUGGGGGUCCGUGUGGCCGGAUGGGCCGGAACGCUUUGUUGA